UUUUAUUUACACAUAGUGCAAGUUAAAAGCACUGUUGCAAGUUGCAACACUCUUGGCUUUGCAUUAUAAAGUCCUCCAAAGGCGCACAUCUGCGCAGACGCGAGUCUAUCGACCAGCAUUUGAAACCAAAACAGGAAGUCUUAAGUAUUGUGGGACGUGUAGUUCCGCUUGUAGGCCGCUGUUCUGGAUAACAGCACACGAAGGAACCAAACAAAACAAAAUUAGGGAAACUUCCAAGGGACUGCUGUAAUACUGGUGCAUCUUUUACACGAUCAUGCCCGGCUUUACGUGCUGCGUGCCCGGUUGCUACAACAACUCGCACCGGGAUCGCGAUCUGCGGUUCUACACCUUUCCGAAGGACCACACUCAGCGAGAGAUAUGGCUGAAGAACAUUUCGCGGGCCGGGGUGAGCGGCUGCUUCAGCACUUUCCAGCCCACCACCGGACACCGGGUCUGCAGCGUCCACUUUCCCGGCGGCAGGAAAACCUACACCAUUCGCGUCCCGACGCUUUUCCCUCUGCGCGGGGUGAACGAGAGGAAGAGCAGGCGAGGAAGGAGCAGGAAGGUCUCCGCGGUCGUGCCCAUCAUCAGCAACGUCGUUUCCACCGCUAACGAGUCAGCGCCAGUGGAGGAAGAGGGGGACACCGAAAACACCACCGUGGUGCAGAUAGGUCAGAACGGCCAGUACAUCGCGCCCGUGGACCUCGCCGCUUCAGGGGACGGCUCCUGCCUCGCGGCGGUGGUCUCGGGAUCCGGCGAAACACUGACCGGAGGCAGCGCGUCUUGCCCCGUUGCCGAUCUCGCGCUGUGCGGGGUGGACCACUCGUACUCGCUCACCACCGGCACAACGUCCGCUGAACUACUGAGGAAGCUGAACGAGCAGCGGGACAUCAUCGCGCUGAUGGAGAUCAAAAUGAAGGAGAUGAAUAACACCAUCCGACAGCUGCGGGUCAACGAGGCACGGCUGCAGGAGGAGCUGCGGGAGCGGGACCGUCUGAUCUCCGCCAACACCAUCAUUACGAGGAAACUCUGACGAACGACGCAGAGAAACGGCGGACUAAAGACGCAAAGGAAGGUCGGUGUUCGGUGAUUCUGUAAGACAAGGCGACGACAAUUAAGUAUCAUCGUAGUUCUCAUUUAAACUUCCUCCAGGACUCAGAAGUGGUAGAUAGGCUGUGUUUGUGUGUUAGAGCGCAGAUACAUGUGUUCAACUUGUAUGCUCGAGCUGUCCGGCACAGCGCUACACGGGGACUGAGAUGAGUUCAGCAGACUGGUCCUUCUCAUUUUAUAUUUAAUGAUGAUACAUGUUUGUGCUGUUUGUGUGUUGAAGGCAGCAGACCCAAGAUCUGCCUACUGCCACACUUCAUAACCAUGUUACACGCACACAGAGACUGCUUCAUAAGUGUGUAAACAACUGCUUAUUUGGGUUUCUUUCUUUGAUUAUAAUAUUUCAGUGCAUCAGAUCAGAGCUUCUGGUCCAGAUGAACCGAUUCUUUACAUGCAGGUUAACGCAGUUAGUAAAGAUGAUUGGUUUGAAGUAAACUGCUUUUGGACUAUAAUUUGUGGGACUGUUUUUGUAGUAUUGCAUUUAAACAAAUUAUUUAGUUCGGAAUCUCUUUUGUAAGAUUCUUUACCACACAAGUUCUGAAUAUGUUGUGCACUAUAAAAGCUGUUUCUUUUCUGUUUGAAGCCUUGUGGCAUCACAUUUAUUCUAGGAAAUUUCAUUUUAAUUGUCUUCAGUAAAGCAUCUUUAAAUUAACCAACCUUUCCAGUAUUUAGCAAAAAAACAAACAAACAAAAAAAUGGGCAUAAGAUAUUGCCCUUUAAUUGUAUGAAGAGCUUAUUUACGAAAGUCUGAGAUUCAAAAUAGCUAAAGGACUAUUUGAUUCACAAUGUUGGCCGGUAGAACAUUUAUUACAUUUGUA